GAACUCCGCCUGUAGCUCCUCUGGGGGUUACUGCCGGUCCCAAGUCCGGGUAAAGGAGGAGGGUUGGGCAUGGGGUUAGCGACCCCAUCCCGUAGAAAAUCAGCUCGCUAAAAAAACGCUAACCAGAAAAAAUCAUUCAAACCUUUCAAACUCUGCCCUGGGAGUAGAAGGAAUAAUUAUGACGUCUCAUGAUGAAAGCCGAGCUCCUUCGAAAGUCAUGAGGCCGAUGCACCUUCUAACAACCAGAGCGACAAUUUUUAUAGGUACAUGGAAUGUCCGAACAAUGUGGGAGACCGGAGGAGUUUUCCAAAUUGCUGCAGAAAUGAGAAAAUACAACCUGGAGGUUCUUGGAAUCAGCGAAACACAUUGGACGCAGGUUGGACAACAACGACUGUCUUCAGGAGAACUUCUGUUAUACUCCGGUCAUGAAGAAGAAAAUGCCUCAAAUACACAAUGAGUUGCAUUGAUGCUGUCCAAAUAAUCACAAAAUGCACCUAAAGGAUGGGAAUUUCAUGGACCAAGGACCAUCAAAGCCUCCUUCAGAUCAAAGAGAGAGGGCAUUACAAUGAACGUCAUCCAAUGCUAUGCGCCUACCAAUGACUACGAUGAAGACGCUAAAGACCAAUUCUACGAUAGGCUGCAGUCGAUCGUCGAGAAGUGCCCAACCAAGGACCUGACCAUUCCGAUGGGAGAUUUCAAUGCUAAUGAUGGAAAGGACAACACUGGAUACGAAGACGUCAUGGGACAACAUGGACUGGGAGGAAGGAACGAAAAUGUUGAGAGAUUUGCAAACCUAUGUGCCUUCAAUAAACUGGUCAUAGGUGGCACCAUAUUCCCACACAAAAACAUAUACAAAGCCACUUGGAUUUCACCGGAUCACACGACACAGAAUCAAAUCGACCAUAUCUGCAUCAACAAAAAGUUCAGGAGGACGAUGGAGGAUGUGAGAACCAGAAGAGGAGCUGAUAUAGCAUCCGAUCAUCAUUUGCUGGUCACCAAGAUGAAACUAAAACUCAAGAAGCACUGGACAAUGGCGCGGACAACAUCACAAAAGUUUAAUACGGCCUUUCUUCGAGAUGCUGACAAACUCAACAAGUUCAACAUAGCCCUCAGCAACAGGUUCCAGGCCUUUCAUGAUCUACUCAAUGGAGAGGGGACUACCAUGGAGAGCAACUGGAAAGGUAUCAAGGAGGCAAUCGUUUCAACGUGUCAAGAGGUUCUGGGCCGAAAGAAGCACCAUCACAAGGAAUGGAUCACUGUUGGUACACUGGAUAAGAUUGAAGCAAGGAGGAAGAAGAAGGCAGCAAUCAAUAUCAGCCGAACCAGAGCGGAAAAAGCCAAGGCACAAGCCGAAUACACAGAGGCAAACGAGCAAGUGAAGAGGAGCAUCAGAGCCGACAAACGUAAAUAUGUGGAAGAUUUAGCAACGACAGCGGAAAAGGCUGCAAGAGAGGGAAACAUGAGACAACUGUAUGAUACAACAAAGAAACUUGCUGGAAAUUACCGUAAGCCAGAAAGACCAGUGAAAAGCAAGGAAGGCAAAGUAAUCACCGACAUUGAAGAACAACGAAACAGGUGGGUAGAACACUUCAAGGAACUCUUGAAUCGACCAGCUCCACUGAACCCACCCAACAUCGAAGCAGCACCCACAGACCUCCCAAUCGAUAUUGGCCCACCAACAAUUGAAGAGAUCAGCAUGGCCAUUAGACAAGUCAAGAGUGGCAAAGCAGCGGGACCAGACAACAUCCCGGCAGAGGCACUGAAAGCAAAUGUAACAGCAACUGCCAAGAUACUCCACAUACUCUUCAGUAAGAUUUGGGACGAAGAACAAGUACCAACAGACUGGAAAAAAGGACUUCUGAUCAAAAUACCAAAGAAAGGUGAUCUUAGCAAGUGCGACAACUACAGGGGCAUCACUCUUCUCUCAAUACCAGGAAAAGUCUUCAACAGAGUAUUGUUAAACAGGAUGAAGGAUUCCGUAGAUGCCCAACUUCGAUAUCAACAAGCUGGAUUUCGUAAGGAUAGAUCGUGCACAGAUCAAAUCACAACUCUGCGGAUCAUUGUGGAACAAUUAAUCGAAUGCAACUCAUCACUCUACAUCAACUUCAUCGACUACGAGAAGGCAUUUGAUAGCGUGGACAGGACGACACUAUGGAACCUUCUUCGACACUACGGUGUGCCUGAGAAGAUAGUAAAUAUCAUACGGAACUUUUAUGAUGGACUAAACUGCCAAAUUGUCCACGGAGGACAACUCACCGACUCGUUUGAAGUAAAGACCGGUGUUAGGCAAGGUUGCUUACUCUCACCCUUUCUCUUUCUCCUGGUCAUUGACUGGAUCAUGAAGACGUCAAUGACUGGAGGAAAUCACGGGAUACAGUGGACAGGCAGGAUGCAGCUUGACGAUUUAGACUUCGCGGAUGAUCUGGCUCUUCUAUCACAAACGCAACAACAAAUGCAGGAGAAAACGACCAGUGUAGCAGCAGCCUCAGCAGCAGUAGGUCUCAAUAUAAACAAAGAGAAAAGCAAGACUCUCCGAUACAAUACAAUAUGCACCAAUCAAAUUACACUUGACGGAGAAGCUUUGGAGGAUGUGGAAACCUUUACAUAUCUGGGCAGCAUCAUUGAUGAACACGGUGGAUCAGAUGCAGAUAUGAGGGCACGGAUCGGCAAAGCAAGAGCAGCAUACCUACAACUGAAAAGCAUCUGGAGCUCAAAACAAUUGUCAACCAACACCAAGGUUAGAAUUUUCAAUACAAAUGUCAAGACAGUCCUACUGUAUGGGGCGGAGACGUGGAGAACUACGAAAACCAUUAUCCAGAAGAUACAAGUGUUCAUCAGCAGCUGUCUACGCAAAAUACUUCGGAUCCGAUGGCCAGACACUAUCAGCAAUAAGUUACUGUGGGAGAGAACAAACCAGAUUCCAGCAGAGGAAGAAAUCAGGAGAAAGCGCUGGAAGUGGAUUGGGCACACCUUGAGGAAAUCAGCUAAUUGCGUCACAAGACAAGCCCUCACAUGGAAUCCUGAAGGUCGAAGGAGAAGAGGAAGACCAAAGAACACAUUACGCCGAGAAUUAGAGACAGACAUGAGAAGAAUGAACAAGAACUGGAUAGAACUAGAAAAGGAAGCCCAGGACAGAGUGGGUUGGAGAAAGCUGGUCGGCGGCCUAUGCUCCAUUGGGAGUAACAGGCGUAAGUAAGUAAGUAAGUAAGUAAGGUCCAAUAUUUGACUACAAUUAAAUCGGGUAAAUGAUCGUUAUUGAAUAAUUGCUGUUGAAAUAUACAUCCUGACUAUUCUCGUAUAUUAUUAUCGACUUAAAUCGCGUUAGUGAAUAACGGAAUUAAAUAAGCCAAACACGAGAAUGAAUUUUUGAAUGAGUAUACUUUGUAAACUGAUUGAUUUGAACAAACAAUCAGAAGGAUGAAGUGAAGAGAAGUGAGUGAAGAGAAAUAAUGUGCAGUGGAGAAGGCGUGUGAGCCAACUCGAUUUAAUCAAACGUUAAUUAAUAUUUCUAGUCAGAUAAAAAUAGGUUACAGACAUGUGAUGAGUAGGAUAAGAAGUGUACACACAUGCACUCACAUACUGGGUUUAUAUACCAACCAAACAGACCACAUUGUAUCAUAAAAUAGAAAAUAAUAUUUGUACAAGAUUUGGCCAAAUGUGGCUGUGAAUAGGUGGGAACAGUAAUCAAGAAUGGUAAAUCGUAUAAUAAUAUUUCAUAGUUCAUAAUAAAGCUUAGGAUAAGAGGAACACGAAUAGGAAUAGUUUAGUUACUUAACAAUUAUACAAUAGGAAAUGUACAUAUUACAUUGGUCCAUAAAUAGUCCUCAAAAGUUACCAUUCACAAGUCUCUUCGGGAUACAACAGUUUACUCAUUUCUUUGUAUCUAUUUUUUAAAUCUUCGAAUAAAGUAAAUUGGAUUUGAUGACAACUUUUGGUUUAUGUUUAUAAAUUUCCUGUUAUGUAGCAAAGCAACCAACUCUAGCUAACAUAUAUACACAAUAUUUCAUCAGAACUUAUGAAUCCAUAAAUUAAGACAGAUUACUUACUUACCCCUGUUACCCUUCGUCGAGGAGCAUAGGCCGCUCACUAGCAUUCUCUAUCCAAUUCUGUCCUGGGAAAUCCUUCCUAGUUUCUAUUUAUCCUUUUCAUACCUGCUUCCAAUUCUCCACGCAGUGUGUUCUUUGGUCUUCCAUCCUCCCGUUUUCGUUCAGGAUUCCAAAUUACCGCUGACCUCGUGAUGCAGUUUGGUGAUUUCCGUUAUGUGUGUCCUAUCCAAUUCCAUCAUUCUUUCUUAAUUUCUUCCUCAGAUGGAAGCUGAUUUGUUCUCCCUCAACAGUAAGUUGUUGCUGAAAAUAUCCAGUCAACAGACAUUCAGUAUCUUCCGUAGACAAUUGUUUAUACAUACUUGUACUGCUUUGACGAUGGUUGUAGUAGUUUUCCAAGUUUCAGCUUCGUACAAUAGAAUUGUCUUGAAGUUCAUAUUGAAGAUUCUGAGUAUGGUAUUGAUUGGAAGACAGUUGUUUUGAGUUCCAUAUGUUCUUCAAUUGUACGAAUGCUGUCCACCUGUAACUCUUCUAACGGUACUGUUGGUCCCAAGCUCAAGUAGUGAAGCAGGGUUGGGCGUGGGGUCGGCAACCCUAUGCUUUAGAAAACAUCCUUGCUAAAAAAAACUCUGAGACAGAUUAAUUGUACGUAUUUCUUCUUUAUUUUAUACAUUGAAUCUGAUAAACGUCUAAAACUUUAAAAUUUGCUUAAAUUCUAGUACGUUUGGUACAGUUAAUAAUAAAAUGGAAUUCAGUAUCCAUACAGUUUAAAUGAUCUAAUUUAUCUAAAAACUAUGUUCUGUGAGUUCAAACUUAUGACACUAGUAAAUUUAUGGUUUGAAAAUAAUCUUUCUAUCCAAAUCGAAAUGGGGUUCAUAUGAUUUCAUGUGACUGAUUUCAUGUGUUUAUUCAAUUCACUUUCUUUUAUUAGAAUUUUCCAAAUAUUAUAUAAUCCACCUGCAAUCGAUAUUACAUUUCUCAACCAGUUAAUAGCUUCGCAUUUAAAGGAUAGUGUAUUAGAUUACAUGAAAAGCAACUAAAUAUCACUAUAAAUGAUUUCUUAGUUACGAUAUUAUGGCAUAUUGUGACACAGAAUGACGAUAUUUGUCUAUGUUAUUCAUCCUACUCAUAUAUUAGUUUAUAUAUAAAGUAUUGAUUCAUUUUUUAUACAAAAAAAAGAAGAAAAAAAGUUGAAUUCAUGAAUCAAUCUAAAUCUAGACUACCAUGGAAAACCUGGA